UCUUCUUCUUUUUUUCUAAAGUCUCUCUCUCCAUCUUUUUCAUUUUAAAUUAAAUUAUACUCUGACGAGAAAAAAAAAAAAAGAAUUUUCACUUUAAGCCGAGAACAACUGUUCAUGACUGAAUAUUCCUCACCUCAUCAAUCAAUAUUAUUUUUACUUACUGGGUUAGGAAUUUCACAGUGAAAUGGGUUUGUGAUGAGCUUGUUCAAAUUCGAUCACAGACGUACUUACUUCCGGCGGUUUGAUUCGAAUCCAUUGCUCGUUUCUUCCUUCGUUCCACUGAGCUGAAGCGUAAGUGUUUCGCACGUUUUUGGAUUAUUUUCCCUUUAUUUUGGAGAAACCCUUUUUCCUUUAAUUUGAACUGUUUUUUCUCAUUGCUUGGACUUCUUUUCAUCACUCUUUGAGCUGUAUUGGUGAAUGAAUCAGAACCCAGGAAAAAAAAUUUGCUAGAAGAAAAGAAAAUUUGAUGUGGGAGGUACUUUUUUAGUGGUUAAUGGAAUCAUUAUAUUUGGUUUGAUUGUGCCAGUGGGAAUAAAUGGUUCGAUUUUGUUUUAUAACUAAUUUCAGUUGGGGGGUUCUGGGAUUGAGUGAUUCUUCCAAAAAGUUCUGGUAUUGGACAAGACAACGGUCAAUUGGCAGUGUAGUUGACUCGAAGUCUUUCUCCCGUUCAUUUCACUGUAUUGGCUUUUUUCGGGUUUCUGGGUUUGCUGUUAUGUGGGGUUUUUAUCAGUCUUCAGAUGGUGUCGAAUGAAUCACUGAAAAUAAAUGCCUAUUCUGUUUUUGUUAAUGGUAAAAUUGCUACAUAAAUCAUAAAUGUUGUGUGAGGAGCUUUAGUGGCUUGGUAAAACCUUUCUUUUAUUCUUUUUCUGGUUAAAGUUGUAUGGUUAAUUAAUACUACUUCAAGCUCUGUGAAGAGUAUUAGAAGUGAUGAAUCUACGUUUAAUUUGUUUUCCUACUUUUCGUUGUUUUAAAGUGCUAAAGUGUGAGGUUCAUUCCACUCUACUUUAGUGUGUUAUGUAGCCUUUUAACUACAGUGUUGAAAUUUACAUUUAUAUCUGGCCAUUAGAUUAUAGUUUCCUUUCUGGUUACUUGUUUUGCCGUGAAGGAAUUAAUGGUUUGCCAUUGCUAGAUAGGUUGUUUAUGGGAGAGACUCUAAUGCCCACAAUAGCUAAAACUGAAGGCAACAGGCUUGAGGGUGGAGUGCAAAACAUUCCUCCAUCAUCCGUCUAUUCUCAACCUUGGUGGCGUAGUGCUGAAACUAAUUGUCUUUCUUCUUCAGAGGAAAAUGUUAAUGGUUCUCCUGGAUCUACCAGAUCACAAGGGAAUGUUAAAGGAUUCGCCAAAGAAAAAGAUAUGAGAUCAAAUGGAAGUGGUGGUCCCGAAAGUCAGCAAGUCAAACAUGUUGCACCAACAACAUUACCAAUGGUGGGGCACCAUGAUGCUUCAAACCAAAUGGACCUUGUUGGUCAUUCUAUCAUGUUGACAUCAUAUCCAUAUCCAGAGCCGCAGUUCGGGAGCAUCAUGACUUUUGGAGCUCCUGUGCAUCCUCAGCUUCUUGGUUUUAACCAAAUGAGAAUGCCUUUGCCCCUUCAAAUGGAAGAAGAACCCGUCUAUGUUAAUGCCAAACAAUAUCAUGGCAUAUUGAGGAGAAGACAGUCGCGUGCGAAAGCAGAAAUGGAGAAAAAGCUUAUUAAAGAAAGGAAGCCAUAUCUACAUGAAUCGCGUCAUCAACAUGCCUUGAGAAGAGCAAGAGGUUCUGGAGGCCGUUUCCUUAAUACAAAGAAGCUCGAAAGUAAUGCCUCUAAUUCUGCAAUGCGAAAGCAGACAAAAUCAGGAACCGCUACACCUACACAAUCUGGCAACUCAUCUGGGUCUGAGCUUGUCUCAACUGACUGUAAUGGACAUUCUGACUACAUGGUAGAGAAGCAACAAGUUUCCUCGAAUGGAAAUGGCAAUGUGCCAGGUGGCUCGCUGCCUUAUUAUUCUCAAGCUCAUGGAAGUGGUAGAAGGGACGUCUUAUCCAUGGGGUUGCGGACGAACCAUGCCCUUCAUGGGGCUGCUUCUGGCAACUAAGGAACCUUCCUUUGGAAGGGGGGUUUGCUUCAGUAUCGCCUUCUGUGGUUUGAGGUGCUCAAAUCAAUGGCAGUUGGUUCUGGUGGAGUUGACCUGUCUUACCUAAGGGAGUGUAUCUGUUUUCUGAAGCAUGACUGGUGCAUGCUCAGGCAAUUCAUUCUUGGCUUGGUUACUUUAUGCUUGAAGGUUAUGACGAGAGGAACAAUGGUAAACUAUUAAGUGAUGAGCCUCUGAAGUUUGUAGCUCACUGGUUACCAUUUCUCCCCAUCAUUUCCUUACUGCUGUAAAUUAAGAUGUGAUGAAGUAGGUCGAUGUAAUCUUAGAUUGUCAUCCCAAAAACAAUGAACUCUUUGGAAGCUUUCAACAAUGGGUGUGGAUUUGUACCAAAGUGUUUUUCUUGAAGUUCUGUUACUGCUUGGCAUUGUUGUCUGAGUCUGUAUCUGGACUCUUCUUUUUGUUUGAGGGUAGUUUUUUGUCAUGGAUAAUGCAGCUGUUGACAUUUGAUGUAGCUUUUAGUUUGAGACAGGAUUUGUUUCCUUUUAUAAACUGACAAGCAUCAUGUUUCCUUUAAUUCUUAUUAUAAGGUGCUGUGAGAAUCUGUACAACACAUUAAGCUUUAUAAUAUUUCCAGCAUGCUUGAGAACAAAAUGUGUUAAUUUUGGAGAAAUUUCAACAUUAGGUCUUGAUAACGUUGACUUCCUGCUACCAACUGCCAG